AUGCAGCUAUUUCAAGAGUUUACCGAAGUAAUUAUUUGAACAAUAUCCGUUCUUUCAAUGCACACGCACCACAUUUCAAAAGUGGAUUUUGAAUAUACUUUUUUAAUUAAUUAAAAUAAACAGUCAUUAUUUGCUGUAAUAUAAAAGCUGUUCAUACUGUACUAAUAACUCCCUAAUUUUACGUAAUGCUAGUUUGUAUUGAGCUGCCAGUACAUUCAAUAGAGUUUUUAUGGCUCCAUUUUAAAGAUCAAUGAAAAUCAUGACUUUGUCAUACGCAUUGUCCGGAUUUAUAGGAAUAUUUUCAAGAGAGGGUUGUCUUUCUAGAAACUCAUUAUGCUGUAUGACGAAAUUGAUACAUACCACAUACAUGCAAUAAACAAAGUCAAAUAUCUCGAUUUGGAAAAGCUAGAAAAAAUUGGCAAAAAGUAACGUUAAAAUUUUUAAUAAUCUUUUAAUUCACAUUCUCAUACAUCAUUAGAUAUUCAUAGCAUUUCGGCCAAUGACAUGGUUUAAUUUACAUCACGUGUAUCUAUCUGGAUACCCCGUCUAGACCAGGACUUUAAUUACUUCAAGUGGGAAGGGUUUUGAACAAUAGGGAAAUUGAGGCGUAAACAAAAGAUUAUCAGCAAAUAUAUUUAAUUGCUAUGUUUAGAAUUAUUUCUAAAUACAGCAAGUUGUGUUUAGAAAUUUAUUCUAACUACACUUUAUAUCUAACACUUUUCCUGAACGUUUGAAAACUACAUAAAUAUAGGAAAACCAACUUUUUUACCAACUAUCAUAAUAAACAGCGCUUUAAACACUAUAAUACAGCAACUUACCAGUAAUGUUUACCGUCUAUAAAAUAUAUAUUCACUUCGGCUCUUUCAUUUUCCACCAGAUAGCGCCUUAUCGCACACACAAUCUGAUAUAUUGUUUUUCGGAUCCCCAACCUUGUCAGCCGAGCGACAAUACUGUGCACAAUACUGUGCUCAACACUUUCUGGUUCUCGAAACCGCUUUUUCUUAUAUUAUAAGAAGAUACCAUGCUCUUUUGCCAACAAAAUUCAUCUAUUCACGACGAAAGCGAACUGAAUGCUUCGUUGCACUUCAUGCAAACUUUCAUGCGAAUGUAAUCGUUAAUGCCCACGCUCACUUUUUUGAAUAUCUAAUAAUUUCAUGCCUGAUUGCUACGAAAGUCUAAUGAUGUGUGAGAAGUAAUUUCAAAUCCGAGUUAGUGUUUUAAACUUGGCUUCCAAAUCCCCAGCGCCAUGAACAAUGGCUCGGCUGCGCCUCGCCAUUGUUCAUGGCACUUGUAUUUAGAAACCACGUCUAAAACACUAACUCGGAUUUGAAAUAUUACUUCCUGAUUAAAGAUCUUAACAUAAUACAUAACAUACAUGUUCGCAGGCUUUAAUAGACUUAAUAUGUUUUUGGACCAUUUAAAUAUUAAUUAUUUAUACCAUUAAUAUAAUUUAAAGGGUAAUUUAGGAUAAUAUUCUCCAAUAUUUGAGCGUAUUCUUCAAAACAACAAAAAAACUGUAUUAACGGAAUCAUGGCAUUUUGUUUGCAUAUAUUUACAGGUUAAAGAUGGAAAAGCUUCAUUUGGAGGUAGCGUAAACGUUCUUCAACAGUCGUAUACCUUCAAGAAUGGCGAAAAGCUAAGUCUUUCCGCAAGUGUAGAUGUCGAGCUACCACUUCGUUACACCAUAAAGCUAACUGGUUCAGACACAAAGCCUAACGUUUUGAAAUUUGACAAAUCCUCCUCCGAUUUGCUUCCCAAAACAAAGAAAACCUUGGCAGGCGCGGUAACUUUACUCGAAGAUCCACUUUUUAAAGAUGCUGGAAUUUUAGUUCCGCCCUUUAUCAAGUUCAAGAAGUGGACGCAAAAGAUAACAAUAUCCAUCGCAGUCACGUUUGAAGCUUCGAAAACAGGAGACAAAAGCAAAACGGCAUCCGUUACCCGUACUCUAGAAUGGGCUUUAAGACCUCUGUUUCAAAAGGAUGACAAAGACCCCCCAAAACCCACACCACCUCGGCCGUUUCCACCCCCCGAUCCACACUUUGAUUGGAGAAGAAUCCCAAUUCCGCAAGCAAUUGCCGCACUUCUCUGCUACCUUAAUUACUACGAUCUUUCCCAAAUUAUCCAACAGCUCCCCGAAAGCCUUAUGACUGGACUUUUGGAGGAGUUUUCCACGUCAAUGAGCGAAAUUCAGCAAGUAAUCUACAAUGUCUUAAGGGGUUUAAACCAAUCGCAAAAGACAGUCGCCCAAUUGUCGUCAGAAACGAAAACGGCGAGCAAGGAAGUCGAAUCUGCAGAAGCCGAAGUGGAAACAGCAGAGGCAGAGGUCGAGACCGUUGAAGCCGAAGUCACAACUGCUGAAGAAGCUUUAGCAGGCGCAGGUAGGUUGGAAGACGCAGGUGGCGCAGGCAAGUUGGUAGACGCCGCUGGUUUGGCAGUCGCAAGUGAGUUGAAAGACGCGCGUUGGCUGGCUUAAGUAGGUUAGAUGUAUUUUAGCCUGCUAUACAGGGUGUAUAAAAAAAACUGCAGAGACUUGCAAUUGCUCUUAAAUUCACAAAGCAGCUAUUAGUAUCCAGUUUUUUUAUGUAUAUAGCUUCUUUGGGUACUUAUAAUGUAGAAAAAUUGAAAAAUUUCUCGAACUCAAAUUUUGUAAACCUGGGGGUGUGUCUUUUCCAACAAACUAAAAAUGGCUUGCGCACGAAAUUUAAAAGCUUUAAUCAUAUUUUGAGGUGACAGAUGGAACAUUUGUUGGGUUUUUAAUUACUGUACAAAAUGUCAGAAUUUGCUUUAGUUAAACCUUUAACUAUUCAUUUUUCUCUAAAAAAUUAGCCUUUCGCAUGCUAUUGCUGACAUAUGCAAAUUAGGCAAAGGCAUUGAUUAACAUGCAAAUGAUGAUUUUUUAAAGAAAAAAUGUAAGUUUGCGUGAAUGGUUAAAGGGCGUAAACUGAAGCAAAUUGUCUGAAAUUCUGUACAGUAAUUAAACACCCAACAAACUUUCCAUCUGUUAACUUAAAAUAUGAUUAAAGCUUUUAAAUUUCGUGCGCAAGCCAUUUUUAGUUUGUUGGAAAAGACACCCCCCCAGGUUUACAAAAUUUGAGUUCGAGAAAUUUUUCUACAUUAUAAGUACCCAAAGAAGCUAGAUACAUAAAAAACUGGGUACUAAUAGCUGUUUUGGGAAUUUAAGAGCAAAUUUCAAAUCUGUGCAGCUUUUUUUAUACACCCUGUAGAUCCGCCAAUAAGCAUUUUAAGUUCAUGUUUUUUGCUAACCGAGUCUUCACCUGCCAAUCUCGCCAAGAAAUAAACGCAAGCCAUGUUAUGUCAAGUGCAGUGGCGUAAUUAGGGGUUACUCUGGUCAUAUUUCUAAGCCUAUGACUUUUAACGGCAUUUGAUAUACUAGAUUUUAUAUAUAUUUAAUAUAAAUGUUUAAUAUAAACAGCAACCAAAUUCGAAGCGAAAUCUGGUUUAUAAUAUUGCGUCGUCUAUUGGUGUUUUUGCUCCGGAUAGACCAACAUGCAUUGAGUAAGAUCAAGAUGACGUCGCUAAUGCCGAGUUGGUUAAUUCCAGAUAAACACCAAUCACACGAAAAGCUCUUUUUCAAAACCAUAUCUCUUGCAGAAACGGCCGAAGCGACAGCCGCUGGAGAAGUUGCGGCGGCGACCACAGCCGAAGUGGCAGCGGACGCCUCCGAAGCAGCUGAUUGGUGGACGAUCAUCGGCGGUAUUAUAUCAGGCGCUGCUAUAGCAGCAGCUGCUGCAGCAUUGGCAGCCGCAAUCACAAAGCAUAACAACGCUGUCAAAGUAGAAAAGCAAGCCCAAGAUGUCGUAAACGGCAAGACGACCGCGCUCAGGCAGAAACAGCUGACGAAAAAGCAAGCCGAAUUAAAGGUACAACACGAAAAGGAUGUAUUGGCAGUCAAACAGAAGCAGCUGAAGGAGGCAAAAGAAAAAGAACAAGAUGCACAAGACGUAAAAGAUGUUUUGAACGCGGCUCAUGUCGGCAUCGAGAAGAUUGCAAAGAAAAUCAAGGAGAGAAAAACGAGCGGGACAAUUACAACGGCACAAAGAAAGGUAGGAAACUAUGCGUACCGAUUUAAUACAAAGACAAUAUUGUGCCCAGUUACGUACGUGUUGGGCGUAAAAUGAAUUUUUAGGCAUGAUCAUUAAACUCCGGCAUGUUAAUGUAUAGGAAUAGCCAUACCAUAAGAUAGUACAGCAAUCGUAUUAAAACUAAUGCAACCUUGGCUUGUAUUACGCCAUGCAUGUGAGGUAGUAUUUGAUUGUUCUCACCAGGCAAAUCUGAACUAAAAAUGAAGACAAAACAACAUUCACAUGCUUGACAAAACACACUAACUUUUAAUUCAAGCAAAUAUCUCACACUAUUUGUUGGUAACACAGAGAGAGUACCUAUAUAUAUUACAAUUGAAGAUAAAAAUUUAUUGAAUACCCGCCUUAGAAAGUUGUUCCUUUUGUCAUCUUUUUGUCAAAACUAUUGCUUCGAAGUGAUAUAAGUUUUAAAUUAAUGAAAAGAAUUUUAGGUAUUUCUUCGUAUCAAACGCUAUAUUUUGCAAAAUCAAAAACAUAAACAAAUAUCCACCGCUUUUCAAUUAAAUUUCUUUGGAGCGUGCGCACAUCCUGUAAAUCAAGAUGGAGGGUAACUCGGUACCUGCACUGAACUCUCUAAGGGCCUGUUGCUGUGGGCAAAAGUUAUCCCAGUUAGCGAGAAAACGUUUCGACAAGUUUACAAGCGAGAUGGUAUGAAAAUAAUAUGAAAAGUUACACUGCGUUCGUACGAGACAAAACGUUUUCCCGUGUACCGAGAUCUCGCCUGCUUGUUGACUGGCGAGAUUUCGGUGACCGGGAUAAUGGUUUUCCCCAUAUGAACACAACUUUCCCGCUUAGCGGGAUAACUUUCUGUCGUGUCAGCAUCUUUUCAAUUCAAUUGAUGUUAAGUGCUACGUCACAGCCGGAAACUUUACCCGGUAAGCGGGAUAACGUUUCUCCAUAUGAACAGAACAAAAAGUAUUUGGCUAGUCAAAAAGUUUUCUCCUUAACCGGGAUAACUUUUGCCCAUAUGAACAGGCCCUAUAGGGCCUAAAAUUCCUGGAACGAGAACUUGGUGGCCAUGUUUGAAGCCACUCAUGAUGGCACCGAAAGAACUCGCGGAAACGAAAGCAAAUUUAAACUGUAUUUUUAUGUUUCGACUUCACAUGAUCACAUAAAUUUUCGUUUGUCUCACGGAUACGAGUUUGUUGGCUCAGAAUGCAGAGUUGCUCAACUUUUGCCAAAGACCUUUUUGCCGUGGCUUUUUUUGUUCACAUAAUUCAAAAUGGUUGAUUAUAUACAAGACUCGGGAAAAGUUUUGCCAUUUCACAUUUCAAAAUACGAACGCAAGUUACAUUUGACUGACAAAACACUCGUUCGUUAAAGUAAAUUGGUUCACAACCUUACACUCUUUUCCAAAAAGGAAUUCCUAGCUUGCAUAUCUCGACCGGUGGAGACUAAGCCCUAUAUACCAGGUCAAGAAUAGCGUGCACGUGCUCGAUUUUUUUAUCACGAUUGCAAUGAAAAUUGCGGUGCCCGUGCCAUUUUUGGCACCGCAUUAUAUUCUGCCUGUGAGUUUGUCCGUUUGUUUGUUUGUUAGUUUGUUCGCAUCAAUACGUUUCCUUAAUCGCCUACCAAAAAUUCCUUGCACGUGCUCGGAAUUUAUUAAUUAUUAUUAAUCGUGUACUCUCAUGAUGAUCGACUGUUUGCUCAGCUUUAUCUCUGGUUUUAUGCGUCAAACAAGGACAAAAUUACCACUGUUCGAAUCAGCGUGAAAACUUGUGUUUACGGAUGGAAAAUUGAUUUCAAAAUUGACUUCUAUAGUCUAGCGAUUUGUCGCCUUUGAAAGACAAAAGUCGCUCAAAAUAAUCCUUCACGUUUUCCGAAUUCCUUUUUUCGAGGAAAGUUUUCUUUCGAAUUACAACUCGAACUCUCACGAUUGACUUUUUGCUGCGACUUAUCUCUGGUUUUAUGCGCCCAAUAAGGACAAAAAUACCACCGUUCGAUUCAGUGUAAGAAAUUAUACUCACAGAAGCCAAAUGUAUUACUAAACUACAGUAUUCUAGCGAUUUAUGGCCUUUGAAAGACAAGCGAAAUUGUAUUGUUCACAAAUCGCUCAAAAUUAUUAAACUAAUUAAAAAUGCAAUGCAUUUGACCUUGAUAACUUUCGUAUUGUUGGUUUUCUCUUUUUCGUCCGUAUACCAGUCGAUUUGUCUCACUUUUCUCCUCAUUUUGAUAGUAUUUUGAGCCCAAAAUAUUUUAUUUUGAAGGCUUUAAAACGCAGUUUUGAUCCUAACGUACGGACCAACUGGCGGCCGACAGGAGAAUGUAUAGCCUGCUAAAUAUAACUUUACUUGUGCAUGUAGGCGGAAACGCCGAAAGUUUUAUUUGUAGGCGGGCACCGCAUUUUAGUACUGUGUCUGGUUAUCUUUAUUUUUCUCUAGAUUUAA